ACGGUAUCGGCCUGCAGCUCACGUCUCACAGCGAUUGUCUCAUCGAAGAUCAGAAAUCCUAAGAAUCUUUCAGGAAGUAGAGAGGAAAACUUUUUGCCAUGAAAUUUCCAGUAACUCGUGCAGUGGAUAAAAAGGUAAACAAAUCCAUUCAAGAUCGCCUUCGACGCAAAAGGAUAAGCAAGAGCGUUGACGCACUCAGGGAGUUGGUGCUUGGACCUUCGAUCGAACACACGAAGAUCGGAAAAGCGGACAUCCUUAAACUCACAGUACAAUAUAUCAGACGGCAGAAAGAACGUUUGGAAAAUGUCGCAGAAGACCAAGGGACAGUAGAAAUCUGCCAGAGAGAGUCAAGUGCCCUCAUACCUUCAUCUGGAAACAACUGUAAACUGUCAAUUUGUUCAACGAAUGAGCAAACAAAACAAACAAAUGAAAUGAAAAUCUUAGACAGAGACGUUAGUUCUGAGAAUUCUAAGUUCUGUGACAACGAAGACGUCUCUGAUCAACCAUUUUCGAGUCAGUCACAGAUGUAUUCUACCAGAUCCAGCUUAAUUGGAAACACGACCGAGGAUUUUCGAAAACACGCUGUAAAGCGAAAGCCUUUCAGGGAACUGAAUUACGAUCAAAAGAGAAGAACUGACAGACAAACAAUUUGGCGGCCUUGGUGAGGCGCAUGCGUUCUAAGCGACACCAGGUCCGAAAUGAUUCCAUCUCAUAGCCCCAAAACUUUAAUAAAAUUUAUCUUAAACUUUUU